CUGAAAUUGAGACGGAAAAAACGCCGUCGACAUCGUGCGUGAAUUUGAUCGGCGAUCUCAGUCGCAGCCGUCAAAAACUGACGAAAAACACACACUGUUUGAUAAAGAGAGAUACUGUUACUCUGUUUUGUUUUUAAAGAAAGGGAGACACUUUUAUAACUUCACACAAGUCUGAUUUUUCAAUUUUGAAUCUUUGUAAUGGCGGAUUUUCAGACAUCAACUCAACGUGCCAAGUGGGUUUUCACUCCACAGAAAUUGGCAGAGAGAUAUAAAGCUGCUAACCAGAGGGCAGUGCAAUUGCUGGAGAAGUGUGGAACAACCCAAGUUGAAGUAGAUGCCAGUGGAUCACUAACUUAUCCUACAGAGAAUGCACGAGAUCAGGCAGCUGAUAAGAAGCUUAAACCUUUGAGUGUUGAUGAAGAACGUUUCAUGAGAGCAUUUUAUGAGGCCAAAGUCCAAGAAGUGUGCAGUGCCUUUGAGUUCCCUCACAAGAUUCAGGCAACAGCGCUCCAAUACUUUAAAAGGUUUUAUCUGCAAUGGUCUGUUAUGCAACAUCAUCCAAAAGAGAUAAUGCUAACCUGCGUGUAUGCAGCAUGUAAAAUAGAGGAGAAUCAUGUAUCUGCUGAGGAAAUAGGGAAAGGGAUCAAACAAGAUCACCACAUAAUCCUCAAGUAUGAGAUGGCUGUUCUUCAGAGUUUGGAAUUUGAUCUGAUUGUUUUUGCACCGUAUCGUGCAAUGGAAGGCUUUGUCAGUAACAUGGAGGAGUUUCUUCAAGCUAGAGACGAUGAGAUCCAAAAGCUGGAGAGUUUGCUCAAAGCGGCAACAGCAGAAGCAGAUAAAAUUAUGCUCACAGAUGCUCCACUCCUCUUUCCUCCUGGUCAGUUGGCGUUGGCUGCGUUGCGUAUUGCAAAUGGGGUUCUUGGAGUGGUUGAUUUUGAUAGGUACCUAGAGAGCAUUGUUUCUCAACCGAACUCUGAGCACACGACUUCACACCUUUCAAACUUACUUGAUGACAUCGAAUCUUUGGUGAAGAACUACAAGUACCCGAGUGAAAAGGACAUGAAGCAUAUCAACAGGAAGCUAAAAUCUUGUCUAGGACAUAGUUCUUCACAUGACGAGAGUAAGAAACGGGAGAAGAGAUCGAAGCACAAGUCACAUAGGAGCUCCAGUGAUGCACCACCAAACGGGCCACCGGCUGGUUGAUUUUUCUCGUUUUGCCAAUAGCAAUCCUCUCUGAGAGUUUGUUCCCCUGUUUUUCUGUCCUGCAACAGUAACAUUUAGUGGACUUUGGAUUGUGAAUUUGAAGUUUAUAUUUAUUUCAGCGAAAUGGAAGUUAAAAGACCAUAA